UUGGCAUUCCAAGAAGGCAAGAACUUCCCAUGGCUACACACAAAGUCCUUAGUGUAGUUUUCUUUGUUUCAUGUGGCUUAGGUAUUUGUUUUGCGACUAGAUCCCUCUUCAUGCUUGAAGGUGGAAAUGUUCAUGUUGGCUAUGAUUCAAUUGUCCAUGCAGUUGUAGGAGAACAUGGUGCAACUAGUUAUGGAGGUGGUGCUGGUAGUGGGGAAGGUGGCGGUGCAGGAUAUGGAGCUACAGGUGGACAUGGUGGUGGUGGUGGCGGCGGUAGUGGAGGUGGCGGUGGAGCUGCUUAUGGUUCUGGAGGUGUUGAGUUUGGAAGUGGCAGUGGAGAAGGAGGUGGCGCUGGAGAUGGUGGUGGAGGUGGUGGGGGAAGUGGCGGUGGCGGUGGCGGUGGCGCUGGAUAUGGUGCAGGAGGAGAGAGUGGUACUGGUUAUGGAAGUGGUGAAGGAGGUGGUGCUGGUAGUGGGGAAGGUGGCGAUGUAGGAUAUGGAGCUGCAGGUGGACAUGAUGGUGGUGGCGGCGGCGGUGGCGGUAGUGGAGGUGGCAGUGGAGCUGCUUAUGGUUCUGGAGGUGCUGGGUUUGGAAGUGGUAGUGGAGAAGGAGGUGGUGCUGGAUAUGGUGGUGGAGGUGGUGGGGGAAGUGGCGGUGGCGCUGGAUAUGGUGCGGGAGGAGAGAGUGGUGCUGGUUAUGGAAGUGGUGAAGGAGGUGGUGCUGGGGGAGGACAUGGAGCUGGCAAUGGUGGAGGAGGUGGUGGUGGGAGCGGUGGAGGCGGUGGAGCAGGUGGUGCAGGGGGAGCACAUGGAGGUGGGUAUGGUAGUGGUGCAGGAGGCGGUGGAGGUUUUGGGAGUGGAGUUGCUGGUGGUGGAGGAGGAGGUGGUGCUGGUGGUGGCGGUGGUAGUGCUGGAGUCGCACAUGGAGGUGGUUAUGGGGGAGGUAGUGGGAGUGGAGAGGGUGGUGGACAUGGUGGCUACUCCCCUUGAAACUUCCUUCUCACUACUACUAUCAUUAAUUAUGAAAGGAGUGUGCCUUCUUACUCUAGUAUGAACAAGAGAAUAAGUUUAUGGCAAGUGUGAGAAUGCUUGUUAAUUUAUUAUAACUUCUAAAUAUUGAGCUAUGAGUGGCAGAGAAAUGCUUGCAAGAAAUUGUUAUAUAUGUAAUUAUAAUGAUUCUGCAUUGUUCUUGUCCUGUUUUUAGAUUAUGCCAAUUAAGUGCAUUGGAGUGGUCUUAAUAUCAA